GGCAAAAAUCCCUUUUAGUACCUAGAUUAAUCUCUUAGUAUCUUAAAAUAGAUAUCCACAUCGAUGACAAGACUUGCAACAAAUUGGAAAGAACGAAAGAACGUUUCUUUCGAGCCAUGGCAAAGGCUUCCCGCGACGAGAAAAGGAUGAGAAUUUGAUGGAAAGAGCGUAUCACUCAACUCUGCUUUUCACUAGAUCGAAAUUAUUAUCUAGUCGCUAUUUAGAAUCGCCAAUCGUCAUUGACUUUUUCCGUUUAACACCAAUUUUAUAGCAUGCCCAAUCGCGCCAAAUCGACAUCGAAGUUCCCUUCACGAUGCCUCCCCCGACAACAGUCAAGUCGAUAACCCCUCGUCGAAAACAAACCAAACUCAACUUCGGCUCCUCAGCAAAUAGUAAAGGCGCAAACGCGAAGACACCGUCUACGAAGAAGCCAAAUGGGAAUAUACUUAACUUCUUCCAAAAAGUUGAAGUAGAAGAACAAUUGUUCUGUGCUGGUCCUAUAAAUCAAACCGCGCUCCCACCGAAUAAUACAGUACCAUCUCCGCCGCCGAAAGACGAUGAGGAUCUAUUCGGAGAUGCGGAGAUUCCCGACGAUGCCACGAACGGGACGAGAUCGCCGAAGCGGAGGAAAUUAAGUCACAAUGGGAACGAUGUUUUACCACAUAAUCUAGAAAGUGUACAUAGUGAUGGUCCAGGGCAGACAGGGUCAUCGCCGCCAGGACAAACGCGAACGAAGCCGGUUCGAAAGAAGGGCCCGUUUUUGAUAGAUUCCGAUAGCGAAGAUGAUGAAGUAGAACCCUCGCCGUUGAGGGACACCAUGGAUAUCGAAGUACAUGCUACGUUAGCGCAGGUUGAAAGUACAACAGAGAAACCAGAAACCGUUCCCAUACCCAAGUUACCCGUCGACGAAAGUUGCCCAGAAAUUCCCGAAAUCCCGCCGCUCAAGCAAGAAGAAUCUACAUAUGAAGAAUUUAAAGAUCUUGAGGAUAUGGAGGGGCUCUUUGAUGAUGUCGACGAGUUUGACGAUGGCGAAGAAUAUCGGGAAAGACGUUAUAUGGAAGAACAAGCCAGGCUCGAAGCUGAAGAAGCAGGAAAUUACACUUCAGAUGGAAUGAUCGACGAGUUUAAUGCGGCUGAAGGAAUCGUAGAAAGAUGUCCACUAUGUAAUGCCAGUCUAGCUGGUAUCUCCUCGGACCAAGCGACGGUUCAUGUGAACGCUUGUCUAGAUGGUAAUCCACUGCCCCUUCCAAAGACGGAAGAGCCACCGCCGCUAGAUGCAGUUGAUGCGCCAGAAAUUAGCAAGCGCUUUGCAAAGGCUGCCAUACCACGGCCAGGCCAGGCCAAUCCUAUCAAACUAGGGAACACGGCAAACCAACCAACCUCGGCCUUUAGCAAGCUGAUGUCGGGACAUGCGGAAGAUGCGGCGUGGGCUACAGCCGCAGCCGCAGAGAACGCAUCACGCGGGAAGCCUGCGUAUAAACGGACAUGUCCAUUUUACAAGAUCAUGCCCGGGUUUUUCAUAUGCGUUGAUGCGUUUCGGUACGGCGCCGUAAAAGGCUGCAAUGCCUACUUCCUAAGCCAUUUCCAUAGUGACCACUACAUCGGCUUGACGGCCAAUUGGUCUCAUGGACCGAUCUACUGCAGCAAAGUAACAGGAAGCCUUGUCAAAAACCAACUUCGGACUGCUGCGAAAUGGGUCAAGGAACUUGAAUUUGAGGAGACGGUCGAGAUUCCCGGAACCGAGGGGGUGACGGUCACUAUGAUACCAGCCAACCACUGUCCCGGUAGUUCAUUAUUUCUAUUCGAGAAGACCAUUGGGAAGGGGCCUAGGAAACAGCGGAUUCUUCACUGUGGCGACUUUCGAGCUUGCAAGGCACAUGUCAGUCACCCAUCACUAAAGCCUGAUAUACUCGAUACCGUCUCAGGCAAAAUAAAGCAACAGAAGAUCGACGUCUGUUACUUAGAUACCACAUACCUCAAUCCUCGUUAUUCUUUCCCCCCACAAGACGAUGUCAUCUCAGCUUGUGCCGAAUUCUGUAAAUCGAUAUCCGGAGACCCUAGAAAUACGGACGAAGUUCUAAACGGGCUAUCACAAGAGAAAGGUGGAGUCAGCAAGUUCUUCCGGAAAAUAGAAGAAAAUGAUUCCUCGUCCACAGCUACUAAAGCCGAGGGGAAGACGAAGAGGAAUCGACUCCUUGUCAUCUGCGGCACGUACUCCAUCGGCAAAGAGCGCAUAUGCAAGGCCAUCGCACAGGCUCUCGGAACCAAGGUCUUCGCAUCGCCGGCCAAGAUCAAGAUCUGCAAGCAGCUAGGCGACCCUGAGCUCGCGGCGCUCAUGACGGCCAACCCGCUCGAGGCCCAGGUCCACAUGCAGAUGCUGGCGGAGAUCCGCGCCGAGACGCUCCAGGAGUACCUCAACGGGUACAAGGCCCACUUCGACCGCAUCGUCGGCUUCCGCCCCAGCGGCUGGAACUAUAGGGGCGGUGCCACUACCGCCAAAAACGUCCCUGCUAAUACUUCCCCUGCUAGCGUCCCGACGACGGGCAUCCUGCAUGGACCGGCGUGGCGCACAAGGUUCUCGUGUAAAGACCUUGUUGCGCAGAGGGGGAGUACGAGCCAGGCUAUGUGCUUUGGUGUACCGUACUCUGAACACAGCAGUUUUCGGGAGUUGGCGUUGUUUUUGAUGACGCUUAGGAUCGAGAAGGUUGUGCCGACGGUUAAUGUGGGAAGUGAGCCUGGGAGGAGGAGGAUGAAGGGGUGGGUUGAUCGGUGGCUUGCGGAACGGAGGAAAGGGGGGGUUGUGAGGGUGCUUGAGGGGGAGGAUGGUGAGGGUAAGGGUGAAGAGCUUUGGGAGGGGAGGGAUGGGAAGGGUGGGGGAGUUUGGUGGUAG